CCAGUCGGGUUGGGUGGUCGGUGACGUGAGUGUGGUGUGUGCGCGCGCGAACGAUAGACGUGAGACAGCCAACGUGCGAGGAGCGUGCGUCGUGUCGUGGGGAAGCGCCCCGUGUUGUCAUGACGUUCGCGUGAGUCGCGGUCAACGCGUCCAGGCAGCCAGCCAGCCAGCCAGCCCCAGGCGGAGCCUCCAGGAAUCAUGGCGCGCAAUUCCCGGCGCGCCGAUCCGCGACGCGUCGUCGCCGCCGUGGUCGACAACGGUGCUGGUGGUGGCGGCGGCGGCGGCAACGGUGCGAGGUGUAAACUGGUCCUGAUGAUGCUGCUGCUGCUGCUGCUGGCGAUUGUCGUCUCCGUCGCGCACGCCGAGAGCCAAGGUCCGUCCUCAGACUUCAGCAGGCAUACUCUGGUGAGGCCACGAGUGUAUCACGGCAGAACGAAAAGGCAGAUCUCGUCAACCAAAGAGAACGACCUCGAGCAUACGGACGUGCUGACGGUGGGUUUCAACGUGGACGGCGUCGAACAUGUUCUCGACCUUCGACUGAACACCGAUUUAAUUCCAGUCGGCUAUCAGCAGCUCCACCAGCAUCGCGGCACGUAUAAAGUGCACACCCCGUCGAAAGUUGAACUCUGUCAUUACCAAGGUAGCGUUCGAGAUGUCCCUGGCUCGUGGGCGGCGUUAUCCACUUGUAGAGGAUUGCGCGGUGUCAUCUUCGAUGGUGAGAACCUUCAUCACAUCCAUCCGGAAGAUGAGAACUUGGAUUCCGUGCAUUAUCUUUACAAGCACAGCGAUCUCAUUGCCAAUAACACGUGCGGUUACGAAGGCACAUCGCCGCACGACAUUUUCCCUCGUGAUCAUCGCGAGAUUAAAAGGUUCUCCAGGCACAAAAGAGCAGCUGAAACUAUCCGUGGGCCCUAUAACGCGAACAGACAAUCGCGUUACGUGGAGUUAGCAAUCGUAAUUGACAAGAAGGAAUAUACCGCGCUCGACGAGAACUUGGACAAGGUGCAUCAGCACUGUAAGGACAUCGCCAACAUUAUCAACGCUCUGUAUAUGCCGCUCAACAUAUUCAUCGCCUUGGUCGGCGUGCAAGUGUGGUCCGAGUCGGACGAGAUAACACUCUCGCCAAACGGCGACACGACGCUGUCGAAUUUCUUGCGUUACCGCAGGGAGAAGUUGGUUCAGGAUAUUCCCAACGACAACGCCCAGCUAUUGACGCGAAUCACCUUCGAGGGCGGAGUAGUCGGCAAGGCUCUCAAGGGACCGAUAUGCACCUACGAGUUUUCCGGUGGUGUCUCCAUGGAUCACUCGAAUGUCGUCGGUUUGGUCGCGGCUACCGUCGCCCACGAAAUGGGUCACAAUUUUGGCAUGGAACACGAUGGACCGGAUUGCGGUUGUCCUGAGGAGAAAUGCAUAAUGGCGCCGUCCAGCGGCUCGUCUGGACCAACGCAUUGGUCCACAUGUUCGUUGGAACACCUGGCUCUAGCCUUCGAGCACGGUAUGGACUACUGCUUAAGGAACAAACCGCAAAAGCUCUUCGACAGUCCUAUAUGCGGCAAUGGAUUCGUUGAGCCGGGCGAACAGUGUGACUGCGGCUUGAAAGAGCAUUGUGAUAAUCCCUGUUGCAACGUGACCACCUGUAUGCUGCACAGUAACGCGAGUUGCGCGACCGGCGAAUGCUGUGAUUUGAAAACCUGCAGACCGAAGACCGCAGGCACAGAGUGCCGAAGUGCCGAGCACGAAUGUGAUCUGCCAGAAUAUUGUACUGGUCAGAGUGAAUAUUGUCCGGGAGAUGUGUUUAAGAUGGACGGUGAGACUUGUAGCGUGGGCAAGGCCUUUUGCUAUCAGGGCUCGUGCAGGACUCACGACGAUCAGUGCAAACUAUUGUGGGGUCCCACUGGUUGGUCUUCUGACACACAGUGUUAUGAAAUGAACAAUAGGGGCACGAAAAACGGCAACUGCGGCUACAAUCGCAUCGAGUCAAGUUUCAUCAGAUGUAACGAUGAAAAUCUCCUCUGCGGUAUGCUGCACUGCAAACAUUUGAAUGAACGACUAGAAUUUGGUAUGGAAUCGGUGGCGACCCUAAGUCAUUCGUUUAUUAAUAAUGGCGGAAAGAUAAUUCCAUGUCGUUCAGCUAUAGUUGAUCUCGGAUUGAGUCAAGUUGACCCUGGUCUCGCACCGGAUGGCGCCAAAUGUGCACCCGGAAAGAUGUGCGUCAAUCAGAAGUGUAUGUCAGUGGCGGAUCUGAGAGCAUCUGUGUCUGGUGGAAAAGCUUGUCCAAAUAAUUGUAAUGGUAACGGAGUAUGUAAUAGUCUUGGUCACUGCCAUUGUAAUCGUGGUUUUCGACCACCCGACUGCCUUCAGCCUGGUGUUGGUGGUUCCGAAGAUAGUGGUCCAGCUGAUGAUCCUAACGCGAGAAACGAUUUUGCAACUGCGCUUUACGUUAUCUUCCUGGGAGUGGUCCCCGCCGUAGCUCUGCUACUAUUCGGCGUCUGGUACGUCAGGAAUUCCGGACAACACUGGAAGAAGGAUGUGAUGUCUACGACCGAUCGCGGCCACAAUGGAUUGCUAAUCAAAACGAUCGAUCGUUCCAACCCUAUGUCCCGUAACAUCGAAACCAUCGAUUCUAGUCUGAGUCAGGAUCCCGCGUGUGUGAGUUUGCUGCCUAAGGCAGAGGCCGACGAGCGCUACAACAACAACAUGUUUGGUCAGUUUAAAGGUUUCACAAUCACGCCGAUUCACUCGAAUAAUCAAUCAAAACUGGCCGAGCCGACGAAACCCGCUCCACCUCCGCCGGGAUGGAUGCCUACCGUUGCGAUAAAGACAAACGUAAUUAAAUCAAACGUACAAAAGUGCAAUAUAUCGCAAAGGAGUAAUCUAUUGAGUUCUAACGAUACGAGCUCGACCGCACCGAUGUUGCCACCGCUGAAUCCCGGUUCUACAGCACGACCGUUGAUCAGUAGUCCUGUACUGGCGGCUACAACUUGCACGUCCGUUGAAUUGGUGGCCAAAGUACCCACCAGACCUGCCCCGGACGUACCUAUACGUCCAGCCCCGCCACCGCCGAUCACUUCCAUGCCUUCUGCAAAACCGCAGAGACCCAACAGCACGCCCCUGACAAACGUGAUCCUGCCGGAACCCGAAAAGAAAUCGGAAAAGGGCAGCACGCUCAACCGAAUCGCGUCGAUAUUGCGACCUGGUUCCGGCAUCAUGAGAAGCAACUCCCAAAGCUCACAUGACAAGAACACAAAUUCUUUACCGAGGAGUCAGCAUCACAAGGCCAAUAAGGUUAUUGACAAGGAAAUAUUGAGAAAUCUCGAGAUCUCAAAUCCAAUACCACAGAAGGAGAUCGAGAUCGCAACACCAGUUAUUCCGGUGAUACCAGUCGCCGAGGUCGAAAAGAGAAACGUGGUCCUGCGCGCUCAAUCGAUGAGAGAUAACAAAGCUACGUCGAGACCGCUCGUCCAUACGUUCGGUUCGAUGCGUCAGACGACGCCCGUCAAGAGACCCACCAGUAUCCCCGCUAGCACGAGGCCUACGUCGCCACCUCCGGGUCCGCCGAAUAUCGCGCAGACGGAAAAGGCCAUCGAGAGUACGAUAAAGAUUCCAGGACUACCAGGUUAUCAGAAUCCACCGGUGAAAACUGUUCAGAAGCCGUUGGAGAACACCUAUGACGAUUGCAUGAAUUUGAUUGCGGAAUCAUCUCUGACGAAGAUUGCGGAGGAAUCGCCCACGAACGACAAUAUCUAUGCGGUGAUAGAGGAAUUUGUACCAGAGAAGAAUAGGAAGAACGCGGAGUCGGCUGAUAACGAAUAUAAAUUGCCGAAACGUAUCGAUACGUCCGGUGGUCCGAACGGCUUGGAAUCGAUGGGCCUGUUGUCGGAGAUUGUAUCGGAGAUAUCAAAUCGUAAUUUCGAUUCCAUAUAUUCCACAUCAACGCUAACCAGAAAGAAGGAGAAUAAUGGGGAAAACGCAAUGAAAAAUUCAGAAAAUACAGGUUCCAACAAUUCUUUGGGUGGCUAUAUAGAUUCAGGUCAUUACAAGAUACCGGGCGGCAUUUAUUCCAACUCGACUUCCGGCAAAUUUAAUUCUUCGAGUUCUACCACCAGUUCCGGUUACCUUCAUCCAUCCGUGAUAAAUGUUCCACAAGUGGAGAGAAAAGAGCCAAGCAAAAAUAUUUCGGAUGCGAACGAUAAUUUGAAAUCGGCCGAUAAAAGUAAUCUGGACACUCUUAAAUCCAGUAAUCCUAAUGUAAACGACGAGCUGUCCAAGGAGCUCGGCAUGAAACCACCUGAAAAUCCUGUAGGAUAUAAAUCAUUCUCUUCAAAGAUUCGACCAUCUCAUUUGAUACAUAUCAAAAAGGAUGACCAAGCUGAGAGCAAAGUUUCAGUUAAGCUGCCGUUAAAUAGGACUAAGACACCUCCGAACAUUGCAAAGAGCCCAACAUCCAAGGAUACGCCCGAAUCGAGCAUAAAACUUGCAAGACAAAGUUCAGAUAAUACAUUAAAAUCCUUGAAAUCCUCGAAAGCUUCCGAUACAAGUUUAACAAUGGUCAGACAAAACUCGGACAUGAAUUCAACCGCGAAACAAACGCAACUGAACGCAAACAAAUUGAAUAGCAACGUAGAUAAAGAAGAAUCAACUGUGUCUCUCAAAAAUGUGCCUUGUAGUCCUAAGGAUAAUCCGGGAAAGUUCAAUAGCCCGGAUCUGGUCUCGAGCUGUUCAAAUUCGAAUCAGGGGGGAACAAAAUCACCGGAUGUUGUGGGUAGCAAUCCCAAGUUCAGUCUCCCGUUAAAGACCAUUCAGAAGACACCGACGCUGCCAAGGAGUGGCCAAAAGACGCCUACAACGCCGGUGAAACCGCUCAACGUUACGUCCAAAGCGGCCGGUCUUUCUGAAAGGAAGAAGUCUCCGACUAGUAAUGCAACGAGUGUGACUAAAUCAUUAUCACCGUCCGCCAAGGAGGCGGGCAACGGUGGUACCAAGUUGUCGAAUUUAACACCGAAAGUGUCUACUAAAACAGAAAUCAAGAGCGGAGACGGAGGCGUGGCAGCGAAGAUGAAUCCGCUGCAAAAGAUAGCGAGCGGUAAAUCCAAUGUAGCGUCGCUCCAGCAAAAAUUCGAAGCUAACAAAAAUAGUUCUGGUGCCGUGAGGACUAUGCCGAGUGUGAAUGGUAAAAAAUCAGUGGCACGAACGACGGAAGUCGGCGGCGGCGGAGUGAGGAAAUAAACGAUUACCCGGAAGAGCGUGGCGGUGUUCGGACGUGUUGGGUGGGAUCGUAAAACACUAGAAGAUCGUUGGCGAGGAAAUUCUAUACUUGAAACAUUCUAGUCCGUCACAUUAAAUCGUUCUCGACGAGAAUGCGUGGUAUAUUGUAAACGGUUAUACGGCAUGUUCACGAUAAACGACUACAUCGUAAGCGUGCACCGAGUAUAAACGUAAAGAACGCGUGAGAGAGCGAUAUAUCUCUGUAUAACCUUUUAUUUAGGAAAUCUUAAACGGAAGUUUAAAAAAAAUAGUACAAGGAUCGAGUCUUUUCCUCUAAGAUCCACAAAAUGCUAAUUUUACAAGCAAAUAUAUUUCUUCGGGAUAUUAAGAUAGCUGGCGUUGCAUAAGAGACACGAUAUUGAAAAUUGUAAAUAGUGCCCACACUUAAAAAUAUUUUUUGUAGAGACUAUCCAUCGCCGAUGUUCAGGCGUAACCUUAUGUAAGCUAAUAAUGAUCGUAAUUUAUCUUAAGCGUUUUAUAAGCGACAUUGCGAGGUGUGUGAGCGACAGUUAUUUUCGAAAAAUCAUCGCUUGAAAACUGGAAGGGGCGUGUACGGAAUUAAUUGAUCUCUGUGAUAUAUGUAUAAAGAAAUACUGCACAGAAACACUAUUACGCCACGUUGUUACGGCUAGGAGAUUUUAGACGCGACCAAAUUAUUUUAUAUCAUAAUCACAUACAUAAAUCGUAUUAAUAAAAGCGCGCCGUUAAAUUAAAAAAAAAAACCAUCGGAAAUCGCAGUCAUAUCCGACGUAGCUCCAUUAGUUAAGGGAGGAGAGUCCCUUUUCUUUCCAAAGAUUAAAUAUUUAUGAAAGAUCAAGAUUGUACCUUCGUGAUGCCGUGGGAGUCAAAAUGAAAAUGCCAUUAGUUAAGAGAGUCUAGAUGUUAGCGUAUGCUAGUAACAUAACACUGCGAAUUGAAUCUAAUUAAGGUGAUAUCUUCCUGCCGGCGAGGCGGGCAAGAAACAGCUAAAAAUUUUUCGCCUCGAUCGCGCAGCAUCACGCAGUCUUUAUUUUUUUCCAUCAUCUUUUUGCGAAAAUUAAUAAUAACAGAGGCUUACUUCGUCUAGGCUGCUUUAAUUGCAAAGACUAAAACUUUAUUUAUUUGACUGAUACCCCCGUGUAAAUAUGUUCGUAAGAUAUAAGCAUAUAUAUAUAAGGCUAAAGUGAAGUUUUUUUGUACGCUGUACCUUUGCGUCGAGAAUAAGUUACGUUAGUAAGUUAUCCCUUACUUGCGCACCAUACGAUCGCGAAGAAGAGGAAAACAGCUUCUUGAACGUUAGGUCUAUCGUUAAGCGUGAAAGGAAUCGAGGAAAGGUUUUAUUGAACUGAUAAGGGUUGUCAAUCGAACUGCGUUCAUGCAUUUACUAUGUCCUCUCUUUUUUUUAUCCCUUCCGUGCAGCGAAUUUCUCCGUUUCGAUAACGAAGUUAUUCAGUUUGUAACAGUUCCUACAUGCGGAGCGUCCAGAAAUCAUCCCACCAGAGAGUUUCAAUAAAGAAGUUCAAUAAAGCUUUUUUAAUUACAUUUACUGUGCGUAUUGUGCAUUGCUUUUUCCGCUUGUUUUUUUUUUUACGCGCGAGACGUGUGCGUUGCUUCGAUACAAGGACAAUCAGUUCGUUUAGCGUACCAGGCGUAUGAGGAAGAGGCUUGCCCCAGCAGCCUCUACUCAUUAUUAAUGAAUAAGUAUUAUUCAUAAGAGUAUUCUUUCAAAAAAAGAGAAGAGAAAAAUGUUGAUUAUUCCUGUUAAAAAGAAAACGAUACUAAAUACCAAUGCAACGAGUCGUUUCAUUAACUGCGACCACUGAUACAAAUAUUCAAUCGAUUGGCUCAAGUAACACGCAACACAGUCUACGAAGUCGCAACGCGUUACUUCGUCUUACAUCGUCUUACAUCUGGCAAAAAAUGACAACAGCAAGCAUCAUUGCAAUACAUUCUGUACAUUUCGGUACCAAAGAUAAGUAGCAUCCUAUUCAUGACACUGCUGAGAUAAGUACUACAAUAAUGAAUUACGUAGCCGUCGGUUUACGAUAAUUGUGUACAUUAAAACCUAUAACGAUGUUACAAUAAAGUCUUUAUUCCAACUAAA